AUGCUUUUCUCCAAGACUGCAAUCGUCGCGUUCGCCUUGGGGGUCACCUCGGCCUAUGCUGCCGAAAUCGUCCCGGUCUACGUCAAGCUCGCCGGCGAAAACGACAGUAUCAAACUCAAUGUUCCGUACGACAUGUGCGCGAAGCAGGACUUGAACGGCGAUGUUGAGGCAUACCAGAUGGUCCCCGCGGCUGAUGGGUCGUUCCCUGAGUGUUUUGCUUUCUUGACCGAGGACUGUUCUGGACCAUAUCAAGCCCCCUGGCUGUAUGGUGGCGGUGCUCUUGAACCUGCGCAGUACGUUGGCUCGCUGAAGUGCCAGCGUUCAACAGACCAUUGA